UGUUAGAGUUAGUUAGAAUAUUUAGACGUGUUUUUUGCUUAAAUUAAAUGGGUAUUUGGUUUUAAAGAAAGUUGCCAUAUUCUAUUAAAGCAACCUUUGUGUAACAUAAGCUGUAACAACAUAAUGACUUCCCAAGCGUUAGCGUCGCUCACAGCGACUUACACCGACUCUGAAGGCGAAGAAGAUAUGGAAGACCAAACGCCUGAAAAAGAAGAGCCAAAAGAAGCUCAUUCCGUCCCGACCAGUCCUCGGAAAGUGGAGGAAAGUAACAAGCCAGCCUCAGCUCCAGUUUCCCCUAAGAAAAGUCUAGUUAGCUACGUAGAUGACACGAUAGUGUCUGACGAAGAACCGACAUCACCAGUUAAUGAAAAUGAAGAUGACAUGCGCCGUUUGUCCAUGGAGACCGACACAGACGAAGCAGUACAGCGAUCAGACCCUGAUGACUCCGAAGACGGCAUCACAAUCCCACCUGAACCAUCGGGAAAGUGUCCCAAAGAACUACAAGAAUCUAUAGCAAAAUUUUACAACCGCAUGUUAACAGAAGGACUUGACAUGAAUAGAAUCAUACAGGACAAGAAAAAUUUUAGGAAUCCAAGUAUAUAUGAAAAAUUGAUACAAUUCUGUGAUAUCAAUGAACUUGAUACAAAUUAUCCUCCAGAAAUAUAUGAUCCAUUAAAAUGGGGGAAAGAAUCUUACUAUGAGGAACUCUCUAAAGUUCAAAAACUGGAAAUGGAGAGAAGAGAGAAAGAAAAAAAAGAAAAAUUGUCAAAAAUUGACUUUAUCAGUGGAGUUGCCAAGAAACCUGAAAGUGACGAUGAAAAGAAAAGAAAAUCAAAAUGGGAUCAAGCCGCUCCCAAUAUAGGCUCUAAGCCGAAUAUCAAACAACCAGGCCUAGUGCAACAACCACUGACAACAAACAUCACUGGCACAAAGGGAACCGUCAUUGCUGCUUUUGGAUCUUUACCAAAAAAACCAAAGAUCUGACGUGAGAAACGUCAUUCAGCUGUAAAUGUUGAAUGAUGAUCAUUAGAUGGACUAAGAUACAAUUAUAAUCUAUGCUAUAAAUUGUAUAUAGAUAAAUUUGUCUUAAAAAUAUAUUAAAUAAAUGAUCAAUAAUAAAAGUGUUGAAAAAUAUAAUCAUGGAUUUCUACAUAAAAGAUAUCAGUCAAAUGUCAGGAAAUAAAAAUGC